AUGCGCGGGGCCGCGGGGUGCGCGCUGCCGCCGGUGCCGCCGGUGCCGCCGGUGCUGCCGGUGCUGCUGCUGCUGCUGGCGGCGGCGGCGGGGCCGGGCGGCGGCGAGGAGGCGAUCCAGUGCCCGCCGUGCUCGGAGGAGCGGCUGGCGCGAUGCAAGGCACCGCAGGGCUGCGCGGAGCUGGUGCGGGAGCCAGGCUGCGGGUGCUGCGCGACCUGCGCGCUCGGCCGCGGCACCGCCUGCGGGGUCUACACCGCCCGCUGCGGCGCCGGGCUCCGCUGCUACCCCCCCCGCGGCGUGCCCCGGCCCCUGCACACCCUCAUGCACGGCCAGGGCAUCUGCACCGACCUGGCCGACGUCGAGGCCAUCCAGGAGAGCCUCCAGCCCCCAGAGAAGGAGGAGAUCGACCACCCCAACAACAGCUUCAGCCCCUGCAGCAUCCACGACCGCAAGUGCCUGCAGAAGCAGCAGGCGAAGCGGGUCAACAACGGCAACAAGAUGCGCAACAGCGGGAGCCCAUAUCACCGUGAGGAGACACGGCCCAUAGCACAGGGCUCGUGCCAGAGCGAGCUGCACCGGGCGCUGGAGCGGCUGGCCGCCUCGCAGACCCGCACGCACGAGGACCUCUAUGUCAUCCCCAUCCCCAACUGCGACCGCAACGGCAACUUCCACCCCAAGCAGUGUCACCCGGCGCUGGACGGGCAGCGGGGCAAGUGCUGGUGCGUGGACCGCAAGACUGGGGUGAAGCUGCCGGGGUUCCUGGAGCUGAAGGGGGACUUGGACUGUCACCAGCUGGCAGACAGCAUGUGAGCGUGACCGGGACACCCGCCGGGGCUGCGCAGGACAGGAAGAGAGGGGCCACGAUGGUGGAGCAGCUCCUGUGUGCAGAGGACCCUGCCAUGCAGCCUGGCUCUCUGCGGUGCUCGGUGCCCCAGCACAGGGCACAGCACCGCGACCUGCGCCAUGACCACUACCUGCCAGUGCCGAGGGGCCCCCGGCACACCUCCAUCCUGCACAGACACGCACUGGGACUGAUGCUGCACUGGGGCCGGUAUCACCACAACAUCCUCCUGCCCCUUGAUGCUGCUCCCACCCCGUGGUAACCCUCUGGUUUUCAUCCUGCCCCCGGUGAAGUGGUGUGGCCAUGGACAUGCCAGUGGCUGCACCAGCAGCAUCAGCCCUGCCCACGGUGCAUUGUGUCCACACUGGACCUCUGCAGGUGGCAGCAGCAGAAGUGCCUCAUCCUGCCCUCACUGGCAGCUGGCAUGGGCUGGGGGUGCCCAAAGAGACCCCCCCUACUGCCCCUGCCUGCCUGGAGCCCUCCCUGCCUGCACCUCACCCAGUGUGUGUGCACCAUGGGCACCGCAGCCACACAGAGCAAUAAGAAACCUUCCCCCUCCCCACUGCAGCCCCCAAACCACAGCCUGGGUCCUGCCUGCCCCAUGGCCCAGCCCCAUCCCUGCACAGGGACAAAGCCAGUGGCCGCAGCAUUAUCCUCCCAUCCAUCCAUCCAUCCAUCCAUCCAUCCAUCCAUCCAUCCCAUCUCCCCAUGCCCGGUCCCCAUGGAUGAGGGGGGUCAUGCACCCCCAGGCAUGUCUUCUUCCAACUUGGCCGACAUGACAAAACCAGGAUGAGUUUCUGGUGCAUCCCAGGAUGGGAUCUUCAGGUUUCACCAGCACCAAGUUCUCAGCUGGGAAAUUGUCACCACUUUUGUAAUGAUUUUUUUUCCUUAAUUCCCUUUUUUUGUAUUAUUUUUUAAGCUGGGCUGGAAGUUUUCACCGGGAUGGCUUUAGGUGAGGAGUGGCCUUGCUGGCUGCUGUGGUGGGUACCAAAGAUGGAGGGGAUUUUGCUGAUCCCCCCCUCCAGACCCAUCCCCUGGCUCCACGGCCUCAGUGGGAGGUUUUGGUUUUCCAUGUGGAUUCUCCCUGGUGGAUGCCAAGGCUCCAAUGGGAAGGAAAUGUUUCAGUUUUAGUGAAACACCCUGUGCCUCCCAGCAGCUGCCUGGCACAGCAUGGCACAGCAUGGCAUGGCAUGGCACAGCAUGGCACGGCACAGCAUGGCACAGCACGGCACGGCACAGCAGCUCCCAGCACCAGCGAGGAUGUCCCCACAUGUCUCGGCAGCAGUGCUGCCAUCCCUGGCCGGAUGGUGAGGACGGAGCAGGGAUGGGGCUGGCACCAGGCUCAGUUUGCAGCUCAUCAGCACGGCUGUGUCUGGCUUCUCAGCCUUGUGCUGGUGUCCUUGGGACACAUCCUGCGUCCCCACGUGUCCCAGCAUGGCCCAGUGCCCUGCUGGGCUCCUGGAUCUCCUGCCUGGCAUCCCCAGGGAUGCUGCUGGGCACCAGAGCAGGUCCCAGUGCCGGUCCAUGCGCUGCACUGGCAGCACCGCGCCAGAUCCCAUAGGACCUCUCCUGGUCUGGGGUGGCCAGGGGGUGGCUGUGCAGGGACCAGGGACUUCUGUAUCCAGCUCAGAGGGCUCCAGUGUUUUGUAUUGUCUCUCCUGUAGGUUAAGGCUGUAUUUACACACGAUCAUAUACCAGCGUAAGGCUCCCCAACCCCAGCUGCGUUUUUCCAUGCCGAUGUGAUUUACGUCAGUUCCUCCCGGGCCAAGCCCAUCCCUUCAGCCUCCCAUGUAGCACCGACCCCUUUUACAGUAAACUUGAACCUUUGUAUCGUCAACAAGGAACAAAAGUAAUUCCUGUAGUAA